AUGGCAGUAAUAGCGCGGGCUGCAGCUGGCGGGAUUCACAGCUCGGCGCCGCCGGCGCAAUAUUCUCCGGAGCUCACACGGCACGCGCUCGCACGGGCGCUGAUGUUCUGCAAUAUCUGGCGGCGCCUGCUGCGGGCGCGUGGGGUGUCGCUGUGUGACGAAUACAGUCUUCCGGUGGACUUCGUCAACAAGCGAAGGCCCCACAGUUUUGGCGCCGGGCUUGCCAACUGGACCACUCCCAGUCCUGCAGGCGAACAGGUGGAGGUGGUCGAGGCGUACUGCGACCCCCGGGACUCUAAGGCGUACCUGGAACCCGGCGAAGAGGCCAGUGGCAAGCUAUAUACCAGUCCUGACAGAGACUACUCGCAGCCAUACACAGAUGGGUCUUCGGAAGCGAAGGCGUCCGAUCUCGACGAUGAUGGCGUGUACGAGGACGUGGGCCUGCCUGUAGAGCCAGCAGAGGACGCCGCCGCCACAACAGGUCCGGCCGCCGCCGCCACCGUCACCGCCUGCGUCACAGUCGUCUGCGUCAGCGCUGACAGCGAGCAGCGCACGCCGCUGCACGGUGCUCUCGACGAGAGCGGGGAGUGGUACGAGGAAGCUGAGCUGGUGCCGCAGCAGACGCAGCUGCAGCCGCCGCAGCCUGCCGCGGGGGCCGAGCGCCGCAACAGAUCGCCCUACUACUACGCCGACCUCUUCCGGGAGCGCGACGAACCAGAGCCGCCGCCCCCGCCGCUGCCAGCGCCCUCUCUGCGCCGCCAGCAACAGUUCACAGACAACUGUGCUUUACAAGAAGGAGCACUGCAGACGUGA